CUGCUUGACGGAUGCUGUCUUCCCCAGCUACCGUACUGCCUCCCUAGCUUCAUUCAUACUGCAAAAGGUACGUCAAGAGGGACAGAUUGAAUUGCGUCUCUUGCCUGCCGUUGGAGCAGACACCCCAGGCCUCUCACGCCGAACUGAACGAGCGGAUAUCGCCAAGCCUUCUUCGCCCCCAACACUGGCUAUCCACAGAUGUUGUGAUUGCUGUCACUCAUUCAUUGUUUCAUUCUGCGAAGAGUUACCCCCCUCAAACCACCUGGGCACCAGCGACUCCGCAUGAGCUUCCGAUUACUUCUUCGAGAAACGAGACCUUCACCUUGCGCGAGCCGCAUCUAUUCUCCCCUCAAACAUGCGCCGAACGCCAUGAACGACGAAGACGCACCUUGACGCACCUUGACGACCGGCCCUCGCACUAUACUGAUCGCCUUGCUCUGACCAUGGCUUCCAAUAUCUUCUCCCGGCUUGCUCCGCAGUCCCGAGGCUCGAGGUCGUUCUACGAAGAAUUGAGGGGCGAACGGGACGGAGAUAUGGACAUUGAAGAGCAGGCUGGCCUCGAUAUUGACGAAGAGAACCUGAAAGAGGGAUUUCAAGACUAUGACGUCGACCACGUACAAGAUCUUGCAAUCGAAGACAGUAGAGCGACUCUGGAGAGCAAUGUCAACCUCAGAAACCCACCUGGCACAACUGGCAGCGGAACACAGGACAGGGCAAACAGACGUGCGCCUAACUCUAAGUGGCUCAGCCAGGAAGAUGACGGUGAUAAUGACGUUCCGGCAUCAUUGCUAUUCGAGCCACACGAGGCCGAGGUCGAGGCAAACGGAGCCGCGCGAAAGACGGCAUCCAUGCCAGGGCGGCAGAAUGCAAUCCCUGGGCCUUCUAACCGACGAACACAUGCCCAAUGGGAGACGACGCAAGCACAACAGAGGCUUCAUCCUUCAAAUAGUAUCAAACCGACCAGGUCUCAACCUAAGCGACUUGCAAGGGGCCUUGCAUCUGGAAGCGAGAAGGAGAAGGCCCUCUGGAGAUGGGUGAAUGUUUCCAAUCUUGACUUCUUCGUGCAGGACGUCUACUACUACUACCGAGGCAGCGGCUUUUGGUGUAUUGUGUGUGCUCGCGCUCUUCACCUAGUGGAAUCUGCUUUCUUCGCUGUCUUCCUCACCUUUCUAACUCAGUGCGUCGAAUACACCAAGAUACCCAACAGCAGGUCGCUAAAGGAUGUGACGAUUCCCCAGUGCACCAGGAAAAUGUCGUUCAUGUGGAACGUUGGUCUUUGGUUGUACGUCUUUUAUUUCGUAUGGAAGACAGUUCAGUUCACCAUGGACCUCCGGCGUCUUAGCAACAUGCGCAACUUCUACAUCCACCUACUUGAGAUACCGGAGGAAGACAUGCAGACCGUUUCCUGGCAAGAUAUUGUUGCCCGUGUCAUGGCGCUGCGGGAUGCCAACCCCAAGACAGCCAUCAAUGUCACUCCGUCGGCGCGACAGUGGAUGCGCAAUCAAUCCAAGGAGAGGCUAGACGCCGCAGACAUCGCCAACCGCCUCAUGCGACGGGAAAACUACCUGAUAGCCAUGAUGAACAAGGACAUCCUUGACCUUACACUCCCGAUACCCUUUGUAAGGAAACAUCAGUUCUUCUCGAGGAGUCUGGAAUGGAACCUACAUUUUGCCAUUUUGACCUACGUCUUCGACGGGAACAAUCAGGUACAUCAGGAGUUUCUCAAAGCCGAUCGCCGCGGCUUGCUGAGCGCGAAGCUGAAAUCGCGGCUCGUGUUCGCUGGCAUCAUCAACUUGCUGAUCGGCCCUUUCGUGGUUGCAUAUCUCAUCGUAGUCCACGCCUUCACAUAUUACAACGAGUAUCAGAAAGACCCGUCCACCUUUAGUCAUAGGCGAUACACACCUCUUGCUGAAUGGAAGUUCCGAGAGUUCAACGAGGUCCCGCACCUCUUUCAGGAGCGCAUCAAUAUGUCAUACCCGUUCGCCAGCCGUUACAUCGACCAGUUCCCGAAGAAAAUGACGGAGCAGUUCGCCAGGACUGUCACCUUUGUCGCGGGAGCCAUCACCUCGGUCCUUGCUGUUGCGUCGUUUCUAGACCCUCAGCUUUUUCUCGGAUUUGAGAUCACUACCGAACGAUCAGCUCUAUUUUACAUUGGCUUGUUUGCUGCGAUCUGGGCGGCUGCCAGAGGUAUGAUUUCAGAGGAAACGACAGUGUUCGACCCAGACUAUGCUCUCCGCAAUGUCAUCGAAUACACUCGUUACAUGCCAGACAACUGGAAAGACCGUCUCCACACAGCCGAUGUCAAGCGGGAAUUUUCAGAACUAUACAAGCUGAAGAUGCUGAUUCUCGUUGAGGAGAUCCUCGGCAUUCUCACCGCUUCCUUAGUGUUGAUUUAUUCAGCACCCAAGUGCAGCGACCAAAUCAUCGAUUUUUUCCGCGAAUUCACCAUUCAUGUGGAUGGCGUUGGAUAUAUAUGCUCGUUUGCUGAGUUCGAUUUCAAGAAAGGUGCGGGCAAGACCAAACAGGCAACAGGCGCAGGCGAUGUUCGCGAAGAUUACUAUUCCACGAAACACAACAAGAUGGCAGCGUCUUACUACGGCUUCUUAGACAACUAUGUAAUUAACCCGAAAACUGGUAUACCAGGCCACCUACCUCCAGGAAGUCGACAGCCCUUCCAUCCUCCGCCGGCGUUCCCGGGACUGAGCUCUCCAACACUGGCGGCCGAAAUGCAGGGCUCCAGAAUGGGCCGACAAGACCUUGCGAGAAGCCGAGCACCUGGUGGAGGACCUGGACCGCAAACCCGAACGCCGAGGUUCGGACCAUCAAUGACGGCCCCAUCGCCGAUGGCAUCAAUGCUUCUCGACCCACACCACCACCCUGCUGGGACAGGGUUCGGCGCCCGAAGUACGCAUCGGAGCCGAGCGGCGCGGGGCGGAUAUCAGGGUGAAGGCAUCAUUGAAGAAUCAGUGGAAGACGGGCGAGGCUUGGACAGCCGCUUGCAAUCGCACGGAGCACACGACGACGAUGCGUUUGGCGGCUCAGGUCCAUUAGAAGAGUCGGUCUGGGAAACGUCGCCUCCAAAGGGUCUCAGCCGUGAGAACAGUAUGGCGGGCACGAGCGAACCAGACGCCGGGGUGCUAGGGCUGAUAUAUCAGUUCCAGCAGGCCCACCGCAACAACCCGUAAGGCGGAGGAUCACAUUGAUGAUCGAGAUGACGCAGGUAGGCAAUCCAUCGGGACCUCAAGAUUGUUUGCGAGGAAAGAAGGAUGUUAUGGCGUUUUCUUCUUCUUUUUUUCAUGCUUGGGAGGUUGGGACAGGGGUAUCAUAUCAUGGGCGGUCUUUCUGGGGCCAGGCUGAAGUAGUGUAUACCCGACCGAUGUGACGCAGGUAGGGUUUGAUUCAACAGAGACGCCAACAACAAGUCAGCAAUUUUAGGUACAAUUGUCUCAUGGUAUAAGCAUUGCAAGAGAAAGCGACGCAGAAAGUCAAAGUCAUGUUGCCUACGGCCGCCGAGAUAGAUGUCGUAUUUCCGAGGAGGACCGAUAUUUGGAGUUGCGCGUCUCCGGAUGUGUCGAUCUGCAGAGGACAACGCAGGAAAGCAACAUGUAGGUUAUUGGGGAAAAAAGGGGAGGGAAGAUGGAUCUUUGUCCGAGGAAUGAGCCAAGAUAAAGCGCGCUCGAUGAAGGAAACUGCAGCCACGUGGCAGUUGCUGAAUGACUACCGUGAACAGUAAUCACUUGCACAAGGUGCAUCCGGAGAUGCGAAGCAUUGCAAGUACAGAUAAGUGCUUGACUAUUCGUAUUGGCUGUCCGGUGAGCCGGAUGGCGACUGAUUGAUUAGAUGAGAUAAAAAUGGCGGUUGAGGGUUCCAAGCCGUA